AUGGCCGACGAAAUCAAGAGCAGUAGCGGAGCGCAAGCCGAGCAUGAGGGGAAGCCAGGAGCGCAGGUAGAGGAACACUACCCGGUCGUCGUGGAGGGUGCAGGUGUCACGGCCAAAAUCGAAGGGGCGCAUGCCAAGACCGUUCAUAAUGCCGAGCUGUUUGCCGCGACGCAGGAGACCAAGAUCAAGAAGUGGAGCAAGGAGUCGCGACAACUCUACUUUGCAAUCUUCAUCGCCUUUUGCUGCGCCUGUGCAAACGGCUACGAUGGCUCUCUCAUGACGUCCGUCCUGGCCAUGAGCCACUUCCAAAACACCUUCCACAGCGGCACCACCGGCCCCAAGGUCUCUGUCAUCUUCUCCCUGUACACAGUAGGCUCCAUGUGCGCCGCCCCCUUCGCCGCCAUCCUCUCGGACCGCUUCGGCCGGCGCAAGGCCAUGUUCGCGGGGGCAUGGGUCAUCGUGAUCGGCGUCAUCAUCAUCUCGACCUCGUCGCACAUCGCCCAGUUCGUCGUCGGCCGCUUCGUCCUGGGCGUCGGCAUCGCCGUCAUGACCGUCGCGGCCCCGGCCUACGCCGUCGAGAUCUCCCCGCCGCACUGGCGGGGCCGGUGCACGGGCUUCUACAACUGCGGCUGGUUCGGCGGCAGCAUCCCCGCCGCGGCCGUGACCUACGGCACCAACUUCAUCGACAGCGACUACUCGUGGCGCGUGCCGCUGAUCCUGCAGGCGUUCGCGUGCGUCAUCGUCAUCGCCGCCGUCUUCACCCUGCCCGAGUCGCCGCGGUUCCUCAUGGCCAACGGGCACGAGGAGGAGGCUGUCGACUUCCUUGUGCGGUACCACGGUAACGGCGACCCCAACUCGCGGCUCGUGCUGCUCGAGGUCGAGGAGAUGAAGGAGCACAUCCGGCGCGACGGUAUCGACAAGCGUGAUUUUGACUACCGGCCGCUCAUCUUCUCCCACGCCGGCCGCUGGCGCAUGGCCCAGGUCCUCAUGAUCUCCAUCUUCGGGCAGUUCUCGGGCAACGGCCUCGGCUACUUCAACACCGUCAUCUUCGCCAACAUCGGCGUCAACACCGUCAGCCAGCAGCUCGGCUACAACCUGUUGACCUCGGUCGUGUCGGCCAUCGGCGCCGGCAUCGCCGUCACCCUGACGGACAAGAUGCUCCGCCGGCCCGUGCUCGUCUUCGGCACGCUCGCCUGCGCCGCCACCCUGGCCGUCAACUCGGGCCUCUCGGCCGCGCUCGACAAGCAGCAGAGGGAAGACGGCGAGAUCCAGACAUCGUACGCGAAGGGCGCGCUCGCCGCGUAUUUCCUGUUCAACGUCGUUUUCUCCUUUACCUACACUCCCCUCCAGGCGGCCGUUCCUACCGAGGCUCUCGAGACGACGAUGCGCGCCAAGGGUCUCGCUGCUUCGGCCUUCAUCGUCAACGCCAUGAACUUUAUCAACCAGUUCGCGGGCCCGAUCGCGCUGCAGAACAUUGGCUACAAGUACAUUUACAUCUUUGUCGGGUGGGACAUUAUUGAGGCGUUGAUGUGGUACAUCUUUGGUGUCGAAUCCCAAGGCCGAACAUUGGAGCAGCUGGAAUGGGUGUACGACCAGCCGAACCCAGUCAAGGCGUCGCUCAAGGUCGACAAGGUCAUUGUGCAGGCCGAUGGCAAAGUGACUGAAAAGGUUGUUACGACAGACUUGAGGACUAAUACUCGACCUGGCGACGAGCUCGCUGCUUAG